AGGACCUAUCAGGUCGCGCGCGGGCCGAAUACGAUAGAUAGGCGCGGCUGUGUGUGCGGGCUCGGCCAGCACGCACUCUGGCUGGCCCUUCUGCCGGUGUCAGUGGCGCUGGUGGCACGUCUCCGCGGACGAUGACGCGCUGCUCGGUCGGAGCUCUGGCGGCGCUGGCGGUCGCCGCUGGCCUGCUGGCCGCCGCCUCGGCAGAGGUCACCAUUACCGACAACGGCUACUCGGGACUGGUGGUGGGCAUCUCCAAGGAUGUGCCCGAGGACGACGGACCGCAGCUCAUCGAGGCCAUCAAGGCCAUGUUCCGAGAGGCGUCACCGGCUCUGUUCACUGCCACGGAGCAACGGGCCUACUUCAAGAAGGUCACCAUUCUCAUUCCCAUGACGUGGACCAAUACCUCCAUCGAUAGGGUGGCUAAUUCUGAAGUUUAUGAGGAGUCGGAGGUGCGCGUGGCGCCGCCGAACCCGGCCUACGGCGACAACCCGUACACGCUGCAGCCGGGCGGCUGUGGCGAGCCGGGCGAGUACAUCCACGUGACGCCCGACUACCUGCGCUUCAUCAACGACACCAUGAAGCGACGCUUCGGACCGGCAGGCAAGGUGGUGACCCACGAGUGGGCCCACCUGCGCUACGGCGUGUUCGAAGAGUACGGCUACCCGGGCGACCCGGCGUACCCGCUCUUCUACUACAGCAUUCAGGAGAACGGCGAGCCGCUGCUGGUGCCCAACUUCUGCUCCAAUACCACCCUCAGAGGAUACACUUACAAUCAGAAGACUGGCGGCGGUGACUGCACGUUCGACGAUUCGACGGGCCUGCCGGACAGCGACUGCUGGUUCUACCCAUACGACGAUAACGACGCCGUGACGUCACUCAUGUCCUUCACCUACCUCAACUCGGUGAGCCACUUCUGUGACGGCAGCGAGGAGAAACAUCACCACGCCGACGCGCCCAACAAGCACAACGUCCGCUGUAACCAGAGAUCCGUCUGGGAUGUGAUUGCCGACAACGACGACUUCGCCGGCGGCGCGAACCCGCCGGCCGACCUGACCCCGACCCAGAUCGAGCCCUCGUUCGAGGUGGUGCAGCAGGCGGAUGCUCGUUACGUUCUGGUGCUCGAUACAUCGGGCAGCAUGAGUCCCUCGUCAGGACAGCCUUAUGACCGCAUUUCGAUGCUUCACAACGCAGCCACCAAAUGGAUCAAGUAUGAACUGCAAAACGGCACUUGGGUCUCCAUUAUAACGUUCACGACAGUCGGGGAGCUAAAGACAGACUUUAUUCGCAUUGAAGACGACGCGUCGCGAGAGAGACUGGCCAGCUUUGUACCAACAACAGCUACCGGCGGCACUUGCAUCUGUAAUGGUGUUGACCUCGCUCUGAAGACCCUCAACGCAGCGCUGGAAGGACCAGGCGGUAUCAUUGUACUCAUGACAGAUGGCGAAGAGAACACAAACUGCAAAAACCCGGACACCGGCAAAACCUGGGACCUAACAGAUCUGUUCGAACCCGUGGAGGAGGCUGACGUUCGGGUGAUCACCAUGGCUUUCGGCACCAGGGCAGACGAAAAUCUUGAAAAGUUUGCUGAGAUCAGCGAUGGACUAACGUACUUCAUCGACGAUACAAAGGCAGCGUUGGACCUGGACCAGGCGUUCCAGGGCUGUCUCACCUACCAACCGGACAUCACCGUAGAAACCGAAAAGGACAUUGUGCUUUUCCAGCAGCACUUUGGAGCCUCGGCUGUGAAGUCAUUCUCCAGCAUGUUUUCGAUCGACCCCACCACGGGACGUGAUGUCGUCUUCAAGAUUGAGUUUGCUGAGGCAUCGACACAACAAGAUAUUACUUCUGUUGAACUGGAGUCGCCGACUGGACAGAUUGUCGACAACAUCACCUACCCAACCGGGGAAAACUUCGGAACUAUCGAACUCGACAUGGCUGAGAAGGGCGACUGGUCGUUUACGGUCACUUUCAAGAGGGCCUCAGUUGACAUGGUCAUUACUACCACCUCUAAGGCCAGGUCCCACGAUGUGCUGCCGCUGACAGUCGAGUGCUGGAUCGGCAGUACCGGUCAGGUGACGGUCGACAAAAACACCCGGCUCUCGGUGCUCGGGAAGGUGCGCCAGGGGCAGAACGCCGUCCUCCAGGCCACUGUCAUGGCGCAUGUCACGACUCCGGACGCCAACUCUCCAGUGGUCGACAUGCAGCUGCUCGAUAGUGGUGUGGGAGCCGACGCCAUCCGCGAUGACGGGAUCUACACCAAGUACUUCACCCAGUUCAAUAAUAAGGGUCGGUACUCUGUGGUCUGCGAGGUACGAAACGACGGUAACGCAGUCAUCAACGAGGGCUUCAGCGCCUCUGGAGCCAUGCCGAACCCCAAGAACAGUGACAGCUCGUGGUGCUGUGGCAGCACGAGUCCCGUCGGCAACACCCGUCCCACCGGGAACUUCACGCGCACGGUCAGCGCCGGAGCGUUCCAGAUCUUAAACACGCCUCAGAAGGGCAUCCUGCCGCCGGGUCAGGUCACUGAUCUGGUGCUGCAGCAGCGGUCCCGUUCCAAAAACACCGCCACUGUCCAGUGGACCGCUCCCGGAGCCGACCUGGACCAGGGAACCGCCACCGAGUACGAGUUCCGAUGGUCGAACGUGUCCAGCGACCUGUCGCCGUCCCAGUUCCUCACCAAGGGGGUGCUGGUGAACGCCACGCUGGUGCCGGCACCAGAGACCAGCGGCACCAUCCAGACGCUCACCAUCGACGUCCCCAAAGGACUGGAGGCCAGCAGCUUCUUCAUGGCCAUGCGCACUCGUGACGACCAGGCCGACAACUGGAGCGCCGUCUCCAACACAGCCAUCCUCUACAUGGGGGCCGUGCCGGCGCCCCCCGACGACGGACUGUCACCCGGAGCCAUCGCCGGCAUCGUCAUCGGCGUGCUGGUGGUCGUCGUCGCCGUCGUUGUGGCCGGCGUGUUCGUCAACAACCGUCGACGCAUGAGGGUGGACGGUGCCUGAUCGGCCUGCCAUCUGACGGCUGAAUGGAGAACCACUAGUCACCGUUGCAGCCGGAAAAGGCGCUGUCCGCGCACGCUUGGCGGCGGUGGACUGCCCCCUUGGACUAUGCGAUUUAGUGCAGAAGUGGUGCAUUCAGCUCAGCUAUUGGUGACAGACAAGUGGCUUAGAUAAUUGCUGAGGAUCCAAAGGCAGGUGUUGUGUAUAAUUCUUGUGAUUUUAUCGCAGUGUUUCUAUGAGUCCAUCUACCUCAUAUCAAAUAUUCGUUGACAAUCGCUGAGGAGCGAAGUUCAAGUGAACAUUAGGGUUUGUGUGAAUCAUGAGCCAGAAUAUAGCAUAUACAACCAUUA